AUGGAUUUUGUCAACAAAAUGACCGGCAAGGGCUCUAGCAACGCCCAAGCGAACCAGCCUCAGCAGCAGGGGGGUUCCAGCUCAGGCGGCAUCAUGGACAAGCUCCACGGAAUGGCAGGCGGCGGUCCCGAGAGCGAGAAGAAGGAAGAUUCGCUCGACAAGGGAGUUGAUUGGGUCCAAGAGAAUGUCCUUGGGCAGGGUCCCCAGAACAACGAGAGUGCAGCCGAGCAGGCUAAGGACAAGUUCAUUGCUGGCCAAAUCCGCGGUCAAUUCCAGAACAAGCAGUAG